UGGUGGUAUUCAAAUCCAAAAUGAUCAAGUAAAGAAAGAUGAAUUAUAGCCAAACAAUUUUUAUCCAUACAUAUCAUACACCACAAGCUGACAAUUCUGAAACUAUUUUCUUUUGGUAUAUACAUGAAUUUGUGUAUCUUCUGUUUUAACACUCUCGUCUUCGCUACGUACCAAAGCUAAGAGAAAAUAAAAAUAAAAAUAAAAAUGAUGAUCCUUGUUAUUCUACUACUAAUCCUGGCUGCUUCAUUAUUGUUUGUCUUCCACAGGAAAAAAACAGUCCAAAAAUCGCCCCCUCUACCGGGCCCUCGCGGCCUCCCCUUCAUCGGCAACAUUCUGCAGCUGGACCCCGCCGCGCCUCACAUCUACCUAUGGAAGCUCUCCCUCAAAUACGGCCCUCUCAUGUCCAUGAAGCUCGGGUCCGUCCCUGUGAUCGUCGUCUCAUCACCCGAUAUCGCAAAGCAAGUGCUGAAAACGCACGACCUGGUGUUCAGCAGCCGGCCCAAGCUCCUGGGCCAGCACAAGCUUUUCUACAAGGGGUUGGACGUCGCCUUCGCGCCUUACAGCGAUUCGUGGCGCGAGACGAGGAAGAUCUGCGUCGUCCAUCUCCUCAGCAUCAAGCGGGUCCAGUCGUUCAGGCCGACCCGCGAGGAGGAGGUGUCUCGCAUGGUGACCAACCUCUCCGCCGGUUCGGGUCGGGUUGCGAAUCUGACGGCGGUCAUGCUGGAUCUAACCAGCACGUUGAUCUGUAGGGUCGCGUUUGGCAAGGAGCGUGAUGAGGGCGAAUCGAGGAUGAGAAGCAGGUUUGAUGAGCUCAUGAUUGAAUCUCAGGCCGUGCAGGCUGGGUUUGCUUUCGUUUCGGAUUACUUGCCUUGGUUUGGUUGGGUUGAUAGACUCAAUGGAAUGAUUGCCAAACUUGAUCGGGUUUUCAAAGACUUGGAUGAUUUCCUGGAGGAGCUGAUUCAAGAGCACUUGGAUCCGAAUCGCCCCAAAUCCAAGAAUCCCAAUAUUCUAGAACUUCUCAUUCAGCUCAAAAAUGAGAAUUCCAGCUCACUCGCUCUAACAUGGGAUCAUGUCAAGGCAAUACUCAUGGAUAUAUUUGUGGCCGGAACAGACACGAGUGCAGCGACGGUGAUUUGGGCCAUGACAGCUCUGAUAAAAAACCCAGAGACAAUGAAGAGAUUGCAGAAGGAAAUGAGUGAGUUGGUCGGCGAGAGAAGACAAGUGGACGAGGAUGAUCUGGCAAAGCUACCUUAUCUGAGUGCAGUGGUGAAGGAGGCAUUGAGAUUGUUUCCACCAGCACCACUCCUGCUGCCUAGAGAAUCAAUACAAAGUUGUAACAUCAACGGGUAUGCCAUUCCAGCUAAGACGCUAGUCUUUGUGAAUGCGUGGGCGAUUGCAAGGGAUCCCAACAGCUGGGAAAAUCCAGAUGAAUUUGUGCCUGAGAGAUUCUUAAACUCCAACAUCGACGUGAUAGGGACAGAUUUUGAGGUGAUCCCUUUUGGCGCGGGCAGAAGAGGAUGCCCCGGAAUAGCGAUGGGGCUGGCCACGGUGGAGCUCGCGCUUGCCAACCUUGUUCACUCUUUCCACUGGGAAUUGCCGCCGGGAAUCACCAAAGAGGAUAUUGAUACUCAGGUUUCACCUGGUCUUACUAUGCAUAAGAAAAAUCCACUUUGCCUUGUGCCUAUAAGUAGAUACACCGUUGAUCAUAAAAAUUCACACGAUUAAUAUAUGGAUUUUUAUUUGAAGUGACUAUCUAUACUUUGAAGUUUGAUCGAUUAAUGUGUAAGCAUAAAGCUUUUAUUCUAGAAACUUAGAGGUGAAUUUAAUUAAAUUUUACUCA